AUGACAGCCGACCCAAAUGACACUGCACACUCUGCCUUCCGGCUAGCCGAGAAGCACUUCAAGAACCGCGCAACGCCCGAUUUCCCCGCGCUCAAGGACCUGCCUUUGUCGCUGUGCGCACCAGUGCUCGACUUGUCGCGUCCCGCUCACCAACCCCAACCACUAAAUGACGAGGUCUGGGACGCCGGAUGGUGGGGCGCCAGCUACGCGCCCGCCGUCCCACCGCCGAGGUUUCGGCGCAAGGGCAAAGAGCGUGCACGCGGCGAGCGGCCCGAGCAGGACCUCGCUGGUGUAGCCAUGCUGCAGCUCAAGGACGGGCGCGCCGGCUAUGUCGUCGCAGAGGGAUGUAUCCUCAUCCCAGGCUAUCUGGCCCCUCCCGCCCAGGAAGCACUCCUGCUCACCGCACUGGCCGAGUACACUCUCCCUCCCAACCCGCUCUCGCUCGACACACACUACCGCGUCCCUCCGGACCUCUUUGCGGCAUACCUCUCCGAGCCCGACACCCUCAUUGCACCGCGCCACUACGAAUUUGACGAGGCACAGCGUAUCCAGCUCGAGGCGGCCAGCAAGGCCACCAAGGGCCCUAGACCACUCAUCGAGACGGCGCCCGCAGCGACACUGGGCUACGACGAGGUCAAGCGCCGCAACGCGACGUGGACGGGCGACGCGGCAAGUCUCAAGCUGGGAUCCAAGAGCGUCGCCGCGCUCAUCAAGGAGCUGCGCUGGGCAAACUUGGGCUGGGUGUACCAGUGGUCUACGAAGAGUUAUGAUUUCUCGACCGAGACCCCCAUUCCCUUCCCCGUGCCAAUGAAGGACAUGUGCCGCGCCGUGGUCGCGAGCGUUCCUUGGGCAGAGGUGUUCACGGCCGACGAGGAAGAGCCAGACUGGCAGGCCUGGGAGAAGGAUUACGAGCCGGAUACCGGUAUUGUCAACUACUAUCAGCUAAAGGACACGCUCAUGGCGCACGUCGACCGGUCCGAACUCGACCCGUCCCGCCCGCUGAUCUCCGUCUCUCUUGGCCACGCCUGCAUAUUCCUCCUCGGCACGUCGUCCCGCGCAGACCCUCCGCGCCCAGUCCUGCUCCGCUCGGGCGACGUUCUCGUCAUGUCCGGUCGCGGCCGGCAGGCGUACCAUGGCGUCCCGCGUAUUCUGGAAGGCACCCUUCCGGCCCACUUUCAAGAGCGCGAGGGGGAUUCAGAGGCGAUGAAGGGCGCCAAGAGAUGGGUGCAAGCUGGCGCAAGGGUGAAUGUCAAUGCCCGGCAAGUGUUCCCGCCCGGGUUCAAGAUGCCUGCGGCAGAGGUCAACUAG